AUGAGCGACCCCCUCCCCUCCAUAACCGGCACCUCUACAACCCCCAUCUCAAUCCUCCUCAUCAACCCCAACGGCACCUCCUCCAUGACCUCCGCCUGUCUCCGCUCCCUCGAAUCAACUCUCCCACCCCACUGCACCGUAACCGGCUUCACAACCCCCCACCCCACCCCCUCCGCCAUCGAAGGCCACCUCGACGGCGUCCUCUCCGCCGCGGCAGCCCUCCGCGCCGUCAUCCCCAUCGCGCACUCCUACGACGCCUUCCUCGUCGCCUGUUUCAGCGCACACCCGCUCAUAAACGCGUUGCGCGAGGAGGUGCGGGGCCCGGUGAUUGGCAUCAUGGAGGCGGCGUUGUAUGCGUCGCGGAUGUUAGGCGGGCGGUUGGGUGUUGUGGCGACGGGGGGACGGAGUAAGGUUAUGCAUGAGGAUGCGAUAAGGAUGUAUGGGUUUGAGGGGUAUAGUGUGGGUUGUGAGACGACGAAUUUGGGGGUGUUGGAGUUGGAGAGGUUGCCGAGGGAGAAGGUGUUGGGGCUUGUGGGGGAGGCGGCUAGGAGGUUGGUGUACGAGAAGGGCGCGGAUUGUAUUGCGUUGGGGUGUGCGGGGAUGACGGAGAUGAAGGUUAAGUGUGAGGAGGUUGUGGAGGUGGAGAGUGCGAGGGCGCAGGUAGUGGAUGGGGUUGGGGUUGGGGUGCAGUUGUUGAUUGGGUUGGUGAGGGAGGGACAUGUUACUGCGAAGGGGGGUGUAUAUAGGAGUAGUAAGGACGGGAGGGAAGCUAGGGGGCAGGAGUGGUUGUGA